AGGCGGGACUUCCUGCUCGGGGGGCCGCGCCUCAAAAGGGCAAAAAAAAAAAAGAGGAAAAAAAAAAACACUGAAGAAAGUCUUCUCGAAUCGAGUCAGUGAGCCGCAGAGACGAGUUGGGCGUCCAUCCACUUCAAAUCCAAAAUCUUCUUCGCGAGUAAGAUCCCGUGUGGACACAACCUCUGGUCCCCCCCCCCCUCAAAAAAAAAAAAAAAAACCACACCCGUGAGCUGGUCGUGUGAAUUUUAUGGUCAGUUUUGCCAUCUGUAUGCGUCUGGAUUAGUCGCCGGCUGCAGUUCCCCCUCCCGGCCCGCAGGGCGGCAGCAGCAGAGCGCGGGCGGGCGUCGGCAUGAGCGAAUUCUGGCACAAGAUGGCCUGCUGCGUGAUCGCCAAACCUCCGCCGAAGAAGAGGAGGAGGCGGAUCGAGCGCAGCAUGAUCGGCGAGCCCACCAACUUCAUCCACCUGACCCACAUCGGCUCGGGAGAGAUGGCCGACGGACUCCAGCCUUCGGGGUCCGUUCAGGAGCAGAUGAGGUCCAAAUGUCCGAACAUGAACGGCAGGAAAAGUCUUUUAUAGCCGGGGUCCGAGAGCGCCGACCGUCCUCGCCGCCGACGGCUCCGGGAGUCCCGGCGGCGGCGUGCCCGAAUUCCGUCGGGCCACAAGGGGGCGCCGUCCUCGCCCCGUGGCUUCCUUCCUUCCGAAACCCGGCGUUCUCCAAGAACCCGUUUGACGCUAACAUGGACCGACUCGGAAGGACAAACCUGAGCAAAACCAAUGAAACGACGUCGCCGCUCGAGGGCAGACUUUGGAUGGCUUCACUGGACUCCAUUACCCACAAUCCCUUUCGAGUCCUUUCUCAACAUUCCAUGCUGUAGUUCCCAGGAUGCUUUGCUCUCUUGCAGGACUUUCACAUGACCCGAGCGAUGACGUCACGGUCUGAUGCACUGGAGCACUUCCUCUUUAAAAGACUUUCUGGUCACGUGACCGCCUCCUGACCUGUCAUUGGAGCAAUUUUGCGUGCUCUCAGGUCACAUGAUCACCAUUUUCCCCUUCGGAUGCUAACGCUAACGCAACAGGAAGUGUUUUAAUUAUAUUUGGCGGGGGUUUCGAAUGACAGAUUGUCUUAAAAAAAAACAUGGCACCGGAUGCUAACGCAACAGGAAAUGUUUAAAUAUUUUUAGUGGGUUUCUAAUGACAGAUUAUCUUUAAAAAAACAUGGCAAUGUGUCACCACGUUAUCAUUUCAAGUGAACUUUGACCUCAACACAAGCUCAGGGUGACCUUCAGAUCGGGUGACGCCACGCACGCUCGAUGUUUUGCUUAUGUAAUGCCAGCCACGCACGCAUACGCUGAUGCUAAGCUAAGCUAAGCUCCGCUUGCUGGUUAUGUAAUAAUGAAUAAAACCACGCUCCCCCUGCA